CUGCAGAUGCUGUCGCUGGUCUCGGGACACCUCGUGGGCUGGAGCCCACUUUAGCUUCUCCAGCUGCAGCCCAGGGCAGGAGCCGGGCUGUGCUUAGCCUGAGAGUGGCUGCCUGAGACAGCACCACAGGCUGCUGCUGAGCUGGGAGCUGAGAGGGGCCGAAUUCCCAGUCACACUCCACUUGGCCUCUCCUUUUUUUGGCAGGGGGUGUUGUCUCAUCUUGAAAGAUCUGGGCUGGGUUUCAUCUUCUUUUUGAUUUUUAGUAGUCACCUGUAUGAGAACUGACUUCCAGGUGUUCAUCGAGGAAAGCAGAGUGGUCCCCACGCUGGAAAUGAGAAAGGAUGACAAUUUCCGAGACUGACUGUUGACGGCUUGGAGAUACCCCCUUUUCAAAAUGCCUUUUAAAGCGUUUGAUACCUUCAAAGAAAAAUUUCUGAAACCUGGAAAGGAAGGAGUGAAGAAUGCUGUGGGGGAUUCGUUGGGGAUUUUACAAAGGAAAAUUGAUGGGACCAGUGAGGAAGAAGGUAACAUUGAGCUGAAUGAAGAAGGAAGGCCAGUGCAGACAUCCAAGCAGAGCCCCCCACUCUGUGACUGCCACUGCUGUGGCCUCCCCAAGCGCUACAUCAUUGCCAUCAUGAGCGGGCUGGGAUUCUGCAUUUCCUUUGGGAUUCGGUGCAACCUUGGAGUUGCCAUUGUGGAAAUGGUCAACAACAACACUAUAUAUGUUGAUGGAAAACCGGAAAUUCAGACAGCACAAUUUAACUGGGAUCCAGAGACGGUGGGCCUUAUCCAUGGAUCUUUUUUCUGGGGCUAUAUUGUGACACAAAUUCCAGGUGGUUUCAUUUCAAAUAAGUUUGCUGCUAACAGGGUCUUUGGAGCUGCCAUCUUCUUAACAUCGACCUUGAACAUGUUCAUUCCUUCUGCAGCCAGAGUACAUUACGGAUGUGUCAUGUGUGUCAGAAUUUUGCAAGGUCUAGUGGAGGGUGUGACCUACCCAGCCUGCCAUGGGAUGUGGAGUAAGUGGGCACCGCCUUUGGAGAGAAGCCGACUGGCCACAACUUCUUUUUGCGGUUCCUACGCGGGGGCAGUGAUUGCCAUGCCGCUGGCCGGCGUGUUGGUACAGUACAUGGGAUGGGCCUCUGUCUUUUAUAUUUAUGGUAUAUUUGGGAUUAUCUGGUACAUGUUUUGGCUGUUGCAGGCCUAUGAGUGUCCAGCAGUUCACCCAACAAUAUCCCAUGAGGAAAGGACCUAUAUAGAGACAAGUAUAGGAGAAGGAGCCAACUUGGUUAGUCUCAGUAAAUUUAAUACACCAUGGAAAAAAUUUUUUACAUCGUUGCCGGUUUAUGCAAUCAUUGUGGCAAAUUUUUGCAGAAGCUGGACCUUUUACUUGCUGUUAAUAAGUCAGCCUGCUUAUUUUGAAGAGGUCUUUGGAUUUGCAAUAAGUAAGGUGGGUCUCUUGUCAGCACUCCCACACAUGGUUAUGACAAUCAUUGUGCCUAUUGGAGGACAACUGGCUGAUCAUUUGAGAAGCAGAAAAAUUUUGACCACAACUGCUGUCAGAAAAAUCAUGAACUGUGGAGGUUUUGGCAUGGAGGCAACCUUACUCCUUGUGGUUGGCUUUUCACAUACCAAAGGGGUGGCUAUCUCCUUUCUGGUGCUUGCCGUAGGAUUCAGUGGUUUUGCUAUUUCAGGUUUUAAUGUCAACCACUUGGACAUUGCCCCCCGCUAUGCCAGCAUUCUCAUGGGGAUCUCAAACGGAGUGGGAACCCUCUCUGGAAUGAUCUGUCCCCUCAUUGUGGGCGCGAUGACCAAGCACAAGACCCGUGAGGAAUGGCAGAAUGUGUUCCUCAUAGCUGCCCUGGUGCACUACAGUGGCGUGAUCUUCUAUGGGGUCUUUGCUUCUGGGGAGAAACAGGAGUGGGCUGACCCUGAGAACCUUUCUGAGGAGAAAUGCGGAAUCAUUGACAACGAUGAAUUAGCCGAGGAGAUAGAGCUCAACCAUGAGAGUUUCACAAGUCCCAAAAAGAAGAUGUCCUAUGGAGCUACCACCCAGAAUUGUGAAGCCCAGAGGAAGGAAUGGAGCGGACAGAGAGGAGCGACUCUUGAUGAGGAAGAGCCGGCAUCCUACCAGAAUGAAGACGGAAACUUCUCAGAUACAUCCUAAUGUCUGAGGGGCACUUCUGGCUCCUCCUCACUUUAGAACCAGAAAGUAUCCAUACCUAUUGCUUUCUAUUGCCAGAGGGUCAACUCUAGGGACACUGGAUGUGGGGUAGGGGAGAGGAGGUUUACCUAGCAAUAGGGGAAAGAUAGAUAUUUUCUUGCAAUGACAACCUGCUCUAAGUUGAUAAAAUGGGUGGCUAUAAUGUUUUUGAUUGGCAGUUGACUCUUCUCUCUAAGAACUAAACGUAUUCAGGAAAGAAUGACUAGAAAUAUAAGAAAGACAAUGCCAUGUUUUUCAAAGAAAAAUGGAAGGAAAUGGGAAUAUUUGGCCUGGAGGAGAGAAAACAAUAGUUGCCACUACAUUUCUGAGAGCAGCCAUGCAGAGGAGGGUUUCCUACUCCUAAUAAAGGCCACGGCUUACAAAGGCCCUGUAUUGUGCCAGGUACUUUAUAACAUUCUCAUUUAAUCUCCACACCACUAUGACAUACAUUUUUUUUUUUUUUUUUUUUUGCGGUACGCGGGCCUCUCACUGUUGUGGCCUCUCCCGUUGCGGAGCACAGGCUCCGGUCACACAGGCCCAGCGGCCAUGGCUCAUGGGCCCAGCCGCUCUGCGGCAUGUGGGAUCUUCCCAGACCAGGGCACGAACCCGCGUCCCCUGCAUCAGCAGGCGGACUCUCAACCACUGUGCCACCAGGGAAGCCCUGACAUACAUUUUUUAUCCCCAUUUUACAACUAAGGAAAUGAAAGCAACAGGAGAUUGACUUGCCCAAGGUCAUUCUGCCACGGACAGUGCUGAGAUUGGUGGAAUCCAAAAUAGGUGGCAGUUUUGGAGAAGAACGUUUCACUUCAGAUUAGAGCAGACAUUUUUAAUAAUGAAAACUGAAAAUGGAGUGGGUUGUCAUGUGGAUAAUUCCCUAUUUUAGCAGGCAUGGGGGAUGGAAAACAUUUGGGUUGAUGUGUCGGAGAGCGCUCAAAUAUUGUGUGAGAGACUGGGUUCAAAGACCUUUGGGGCCCUAGGUGGUCUGAAGAGCCAAAUGAUUCUAUGAAUCCAUAGUUUUUCUAAAUAAUAAGGGUUACAGACUAUAUGAGAGAUUCAAAUAGGUUAAACAAAGAAAAAUAAAAAGCUAAGCAACACAGCAAAUUUCCAGGAAUCUGAUGGUCAGAAUGGUGAGAAGAACUAAAUUUCAACCCUUCAUAAUAUCAAGAAUAUGUUUAAAUAACGUCCCAAAUUACUUGUAAAUCUUUAAGACGUUUACUAAUUUAAGAAGUUGGUUCAUGCAUUUUAUUAGGUAAAAUUCUCUUAGAAGAGUCCUCUGUUUUAAAAAAUGUAUGUCUUUCGCCAUUUCUGCUGGUGAUAUUAGGAAAUUUGAUCGAAUUAUACAAAAUUAUGAUUGAAAUAUUCCUAAUGACUCUACUUGGAAUGAUAUUCAGUGAAACCACAAUAAUACAGCAUUAGUUAAACAGUGAAAUACUACAAUGUAAACAUCUGGGACAACUAGACUCAUAGUGUUGAAAAAUUAACCUUUGCAUAAGGCAAUAACAUGGAUACUCUCUAAAUAUAUUUUAAAAUUUAAUGAUAUUUUAAAACUUAAUGUUGGCAUGUAAAAGGUUGUUUGCAAAUAAAAUUAUUACCCUGUUCAUUGUUUUUGAAAAUUUUGUUUCUACUUUCAGAAGAAAAAUA